UGGGUUGAGAAAUCGGCAGCAACUUCGACAAUUCGAUCGGUUUCGGAAUCAAAUCAUAGCGAACAGUCGAAGGCAACGCGUCGCUACUUAACGCGAAAGUUCCAUCAAUAAAUAUAUAUUUUCUUACCAACAAGUUGCCAACAAAAAAAACAUACAUUUUGGCCAAGUUCGCGUUUAAGAACACAAUUUUUUUUUUUAUUUUAUUUUUUAAAUUAAAUUAUUAAACGCCUUAAAAAAAAAAACUAAAAACACAAAGUGAAGUGCCAACUCAAAGACAAUUUUGCAAAAAUUUUAUGCAAAAUUUUGUAAAGCCAACGAUUUUUAUGUAAAUGACGACAGCUGCCUGUCCGCUCGACGUCGGCAGUAGCAGAAGCAUCAAAACGGCCAUCGCACGGGCAAUAACGGAACCGGAACCGGAACCGCAGCCUCCGCCACCAUCGCCAUUGCCGUCGCCGUCACUACGUCGAUCGCAGCGUCGUUCCUGGUCGCUUCUGGCUUUCGUCACCAUUAUGUGCCUUCUGUUGCAUUUCGGCAUUGAUGGUAGUGGUGGUGGUGGCUUAAGGGGCGUGGCAGCAGCACCUCUACAGGACACAUCCGCCUCCCAACAGGAUAGCAAUAGUGUGGAGGAAGUGCCAGUGAUUGCCGGUUCACCAUCGCAGAAGCGCCUCCACAAGCGUCAUCAUCCCAACUGCAGUUUCCGGUGCCGAUUCCAAACGGAACUGAAUGCCAGCCUGGAGGUCCUGGACUGGGAGAAUAGCUGCGGCGGCAACUGGACCGGCCGGGAAAUUAAAUACAAACACAGGCCAAAUACCAACAAGAAGAGGAGGAUGAUCCUCAAGGGCCUGCAUGAUCAGACCAACAAGGAGCUGAUUAUCCUGCAGGAUGACGACAAGAACCGUCGCACCACCAACUCGGAGAGGGAACUGGCCAAGAAGUACAACAAGGCCAUCGACUUGAAGCAGCGAGAGAGGAUGGCUUUGCACAAAAAUCAAUACAAUUUUUUGCCAAAAUUAAAUGCCACUAGUUCUCAGUUAAAACUACGACACGUGCAUCGCGAUCUACAAAUGUAUGUGGGCGCCUUCAGUUACCUGCGGCACGCGAAACUGCACUGGGAUUAUGCCAACCUGCAGGCCGAGAGCGUUAUGUCCGCCGAUCUGGAGCGCCUGCGCGCCUCCGCCCGACGCGCCCUCUGCAACGUCGAAAUGGCCAUAAAUGCCACCAAUCGACUGUUUCCCGCCCAUGUCCCCGCCGGUCAUAAGCUGCGACGCCCGAUGACCCGCCAGCUGAUGGAACGGAAGUUGCAAAAAUUCAAAACACCUCUGGUGCAGUUGCAUAGACAGGCGACCUUGGCCGCUGGGGGGGCAGAGAUGAUGCCACCCAAUCUCCACUACGAUCAGCUGACAAAGGAUGCUCUCUUUGUGAAAUUUAAAUUCAUUCAAUACCUGAAGAGUAUCCGUAAGAUACUGAAAAAGCAGACAAAGCCGAAGAAUACCAGUCACAAUUCUCCACGCUAUUCCACAUAAAAAACGAGGCUUACAUUCCAUUUAAAAAACAACACAAAAUCUUAAAACAACAUCCUUAAAACAUCCUUAAUUUAUUGAAAAACAUCGAAAACCUAUUUAUUACGCAAUCACGAAUCACAUUUAUGGAAUUAUUCCACACAGGCUAUGAUAUGACAACCGAAUAAUUGAAACAAACGAAGAAAAAAAGAAUACAUCCACAAAUUAUAUAUAUUUUUAUAAAAAGAAAACAUAAAGACCUUAAUAUAUAUAGUUUUUUUUUUUUUUUUUAUUUGUCACUUAGUCCUUAAGAGCCACAAUUGUAUUAUUUAUUAUUUUUUGUGUCACAUUCCCGAAACUAUAUUAAUGUAUGUAACUUUGCCUUGUAUUACGAUGCUGUGAUAAUAGAUCUAUAAAUCCAGUGCAGAGACACCAAUUAUACAAUUUAUACGAUACAUGUAUGGUAUUUUAAAUGAUAUACACCUCUUUAAAAGUUUAGCUU